AAAAAAAAAAAUCAUCCCGAAACCUGGCUCUCACUGGUUGAUAAACCGUGUUUGAUUCUCUGCGUCUACUAUCUUACUCGAAAAAAACAACCCCUACCUAAAUACUCACCUACCUAGCCACAAAGACUAACUUGCUAGCUUCUUCUACAUCGGAAAACGUCAUACCUACCUACCUACCUACGACUCGAGAAAUACCAACCCCCACAAAGCAGAUAUAAGAGAAAGAAAAAAAAAAAAGAAAAAGAAAGAAAGAAAGAAACCGGAGAACGAGAAUAGAAGCUAGGGAGAGAAAGAAAGAAAGAAAAAUGAACGCUGCAUCACAGGGUGACACUGCCCUCGCAAACUCUGACUUCGUCAAUGCCAUCCAGCACUACACGCGAGCUCUUGUUGAGCUUCCCCGCGCCCCGGCCUACUAUAUCAAACGCUCCACUGCAUACACCCGUUUGAAGCCUGGCGAUGGCGGCCCGGAUAUCCUUGGCGCGCUGCAAGAUGCUGAGAUUGCGGUGGUGCUUGCGCGGGAGCGAGCGAAGCGGGACUUGAUUCUCUCGGCGCAGAUGAGGAGGGCUGUGGCGCUUUACCAGUUGGGGCGGUAUGGGGAUGCUGGGUUUUUGUUUGGGCUGUUGGAGGCGAAGGUUAGCUCUGGAGCUGGAGCUGGAGCUGGGGGUGCGGGUGCGGGUGCGGGUGGGGAUGCGGGGGAUAAGGUCAAGGAGGUUAUGAAGGGUGCUGGUGGUGCGGGACAGACAAAGGGUGUUGCGCAGGAGCUGCCCAUUUGGUUGAUUAAGGUGAAGGGGAAGCUGGCGAAGUUGGAGGAAGGCGAUGAGGCGCGGACUGUGACUGUGGGUGAGGUUCCGGAAGGAGUCAAAGUGCCGACGGAGAAGGAAUUGAAGCUCCAGCUGGAGAGCCUGAGGGCUGGAAAGAUUGUGGGUGUUGGUGGCGGUCAGGUGCAGACUUCUGCUACAGGCCAGGAAGCCAAAAGGGAACUGGACGAGGCAAGUGCCGGUGCUUCUGAUGAGAAGAACACUCCUGGUACUGCGCCUGCAGUACCAGAAAAAAUCCGCCAUGAGUGGUAUCAGUCCAAUGACUCGGUUGUCGUGACUCUUUACGCCAAGGGUGUUCCAAAGGAGAGUGUUGAUGUAGAGCUCAAGGGUGACUCGGUCUCUGUCCAAUUUCCCCUCCCCUCUGGUUCCGAAUACGCCUUCACUCUCGACCCUCUCUUUGCGGCCAUCGACAAGUCCUCGUCCAAAGUUACCACCGGGACAACCAAAAUUGAACUCAUGCUGCGCAAGAAAACGCCCGGGCAAAAAUGGAGUUCCCUCGAAGCCUCGUCGACAGAUAUCAAACUCCCCGAUCGCCAAUCCACCACCGUUCCCUCUUCUAGUGCACCUUCUUCCACCCCUGUCACAACAAUAACAACAGCAACUACUUCUGCUUCCGCACCAGCAUAUCCAACCUCAUCGCGCCACGGCGCCAAAGACUGGGACAAGCUUGCCUCGAACCUCAUCGCCAAGAAACCCAAACCCAAACCCAAAUCCAAACCAAGUAGCAGCAAGGAUAAAAGCAAAGAACCCCCCGCCGACGAAUCCGACUCCGAAUCCGACAACGAGGGAUCCGUUGACUCGGAUUUCGGCGGUGAUCCGGUCGAUGGGUUUUUCAAGAAGCUAUACGCAAACGCGGACGAUGAUACCCGACGCGCUAUGGUGAAAAGUUUCGUCGAGAGCCAGGGGACUUCAUUGAGUACGAACUGGAAUGAGGUUAGCCAGGGGAAGGUGAAGAGUCAUCCGCCUAGUGAUUGAUUGAGCAUUUGCAUCUAUUUUGUAUUCCAGACUAGGGUCACAUUAUUGUUUAUGCCAAAAAAAAAAAAAAAAUGGAAGAAUAACUUCUUUUUUUUUAAUAACCUCUCUAU